AUGCUCGGGGGAGUCUGGCUGGUGGUUGUCGGCCUUCUUCGCUGCCUCUUUGAGGCUCUUUUGUUUCUCCCGCGCUACCUGCUGCUGGAGCGGCACGACCGCCGCAGUCCCAUUUGGGGGGCGCGGGCGGAGGCGACGGUGUGGUUUGGCCCCACCGCCUGCCUGGACGUGCUGGGCUGCAUUGAGUGCCUGAACUGCUUCGGCGGCGCGACCCGCGCCUUUUCUCCGCCGCAGUACAGGAAGGGCUCCACGAACACCGCCGCGGAGUCAGACGAGCAUGAGGCCUCCACUGAGGAGGAGCGACUGAACUCCUUCAGCCUCUCUUCCCCGCUGAGUCCGCGGCAGACGCUGCUGGGGGCGGACGGCAACGGCAGCGAGGCGUCGACGGAGCAGAGCUGCGACGACUCCUCGGCGGCGGCGGCGGUGAUGAACACCCUCUCCCGGUGGCUUCGCCGCACCUCCUCCCGCUUCACGCCGGACGAAAGGCUCAGGUGCGGCGAGGACGCCAUGGCGGCGGCGAUCUCGACGGGGGGCGACGCCCACAUGUUGCAGGGCGUCUUCACCGGCGGCACGCCCUUCGUGCCGUACUCCCUCCUGCAGAGGGCCUGCGCGGAGGCGGACGCGCGCGAGGAACAAAACCAACGCAGCGACACGCCUCACAUGAGGGAGUACUAUCGGCGGCGGCGGCGACAGCUGCUGCGUGGGAGAGACGGCGGCACUUUGUCCUGCUGGUUUCCCGGUGGCACCGCGGGGGCGGCGUCCACACACGUCCCGUACCAUACCCGCCCACGGAAGCCGCGCGCGAGAAGAGGCUUCAUCCCUCCCUGGUACGCGGUGCACGCCAAGGCGCAGCUGCUGCUUUCUCUUCUUGACCCACUCUGGCGUAUUCUGACGGAGUUGUUUUUCAUGUCGUGCACGGGCGAGGCCCACAGCCGUCGCACUGGCGACGCCGAGGACCGGUCCCUUCGGGUUUCGUCAACGUCCGCCGCGUCCGUGCCCUGCGUGUUCACCAAGCCCCAACCCGGGCAAGGAGAGGUCCCUGACCCGGUGGAGGAGAUCUGCUUCAUGCCUGAGCAGGCUGCCAGGGAACUGUGGGCACGCGCCCACACAACACGGCAGGGGACGUUCGGCGAGGCGCCCGUGUCCUGUAGCUACGUGCCCACGCUGGCGCCGAAGAAGUCUUCUUUGCGGCGCAGCACCGCAGCCUCCCUCGAGGGCCCAACGCGGCUGGGCGUGGCGGAGGAUGCCACGAGUCCGUAUUCCCGCACAUGCGCCAAGGUGAAGCCGGAAACUUCAUUGGCGCAGGCGAAGGAGGUGCAAAUGGAAGGACAUGACAGUGCCCACACGGUGACUGCCGGCUCCGCGUGGGAGGCUCGUGUGACGAGUCUUCACUGGCUGCAUGGAUCGGCGCCGCCAGACGCGUCUGUCUCCCCCUCCGCGGUGAUAGUGCUGCUCCUCUGUCCUUCCGUCGCGCAAGGAAAUGAGCAUGGGUGCGUGGCGCGGCGCCUGGGUGCCCUCUGUGCGGCUCUAACAACCAUGUCCAAACUACGUCGCGAGGGCAGCUGCAGCAGUCGGCGUCGGGGUCCGCCUCAGACGCAGCUGGGGGCGGAUUCCCCCGACAGCCCCAACGCGCCAGCCGACGCCGCGGACCCUCGCUUUGCUUCGUGGCAUGCUGCGAUCCCUGUCGCCGAGGCGUUUGUCUGCAAAGGCGGGGCGUCGCCUGACGCUGCCGCCGGUGCCGACGCAUCCUUGUGCCGGGAGAGGGUGAACGUGACGGUGGAGGACAUCGAUCGGGUGCUCGCUCACUUAGGCAGGCUGCGAAGCGUCUCGCGACACCCCUCCCAAGACCGGAAUGCGGCGAUGAAGGGGGCACCGUCUCGCGACACGGAAGCGGCGGGUGGUGCCCCAACGCCCCUACACAGUCGCCCCGAGGUGCAGCCGCAGAGCGACGCGAAAGGCGGCGCCCGGAGUCUCUACGUCGUCGGGGUGGGCUGGUCGAACGCCAGCAGCCCGCUGCUGCAGUACGUCAUGUCAUACGGUGCACAGUCGCGGAUGGACGGAGUCAUUUGCAUCAACCACUCCGCCUCCUCCAACUACGCGAUUGUCCCAGAGACGGGCUCGAGCAGCAGCCGGCAACCGCAGCCACUGGGGCGGGAGAGGCAUUGGUGUUCGAGGAAGCACACAACACCAUUUCACAGCAACUUUCUCUCCGCCCCGGCCGGCGCCGUGCGACUUAUGCUGCUCGCGGCACGGCUGCAUCUCACAGCGGAGCACCUCGCUGAGCUGCGACAGCGGCGGCAGCGACAGCAGCAGCAGAAGACGGCAGGUAAUGACUUGCCGGAUAUACACGACGUCGCCAUUUGGGAAUACUUGCGCCGCACAGUAGGCUCCGCCGUGUCUGGGAAUUUCGGGCCCGAAGGUGGUGGGAAUGAUGCACCCCCGCCCCCUGCCAGCGCCUCCCCUUUCCCACUCCUCUCGCGGCGACCCUUGACGCCGGGGGAAGCCCCGUUGGCGGCGCUGCUGCGGGUGGAGGCGCAGGUUGAUCAGGAGAUGGGGAAGUGGUGGCUCGACGAGGUGCAGGCGGGUAACGAGGACGAGGAGGACGGCAUGCACGGCAGGGGCCUCUCGUCACGGGGGAACCGCGGUGCCGCACCGCCGGUCUCGAGCGGGAGGUGGCACCCGUUGAUGAGUCUGUCGGACUGGGACAUGUUGCUGCAGAGCCGCGACGAGAAGUCGGCAGCCGCACUCAUGGGCUUGGGGUUGCCCGGGCGCGGCGCGGACGGCGCCACGCAACCGGCGCCCCCCACGGCCACAACGGAGGCCGCCGAUGAGGGUGUUUGCGGCGGGCAUCGCGCGGCACCGCCCCCGCCGCCCGCGCACUGCGCCUCGCUGCUGUUCGAGAUGGCGGGCGGGAGGCCGGCCCUUUUGCUGCCCGCCCGCCUCUCCUCCCCGCCCGCCCGGGGCCGCGGCACGGCGGCAUGGACGGCGGCGCGCGACGCGUGCGGGCGUCCCUCCCCCUCCCCCUCCCCGGACUUGGCCAUGGCAGCGCUCCGCUACCACUCCGCCAGCAGCGCCCACCUCGUAUCCCUCAUUCACGUACCAACGUUAUUUGUGCACGCGCGCGACGAUGAAAUGGCGCCCCUCAGCACACUCCCCAUGCGAGUCCUCGCGAAGAGCCCGUGCGUGGUCACCGUCCUGACACGUCGCGGCGGCUAUGGCGUGUUUUUGGAGGGGAUAUCCACCCUGCACGCCUUGCCGCAACUCACGCUGCAGGAGCGCGAACGGGCACUGGACACCAACACGGCGUCAGACGGCGCUGCGAGUCGCAUGCCGUCAAAGACACGGCAGUGGUUGCCGCGGUGGACACCUCGCAGAGGCGGAGGAACCGGAACAGCGCCUGCCACAGCGACACACGGCUCAUGCUUUGCCCCAUCCAUCAAUAGUGCCAACAGCAAUAACCACAAGACGAAGACGGGGGUAAGAAAUGAGGUAGAAACUGUUUUCGUGAUUGAACACACCACGUGGCUAGAAAGACUCGUUGUGGAGUUCAUCGCUGCUGCUCUCAUUGUGUGA